UAGAAAGUGAACCAACCAGCCAUUGACAACUUGACGCCUGCAUUUGAGUAAAAUUGUCGCUUCAAUGUCUCUUUCGACGCAUUUCGCCAAUUGAGAACUUUUCCACGACCGUUUCCGGCCAGGCUCUCACCUUCAUGGCCUACUCCCUAUCGACGUCUAUAUGUUAACACGUACGACCGCAUUGUCGCACGUCUGCCUACGAUGCCAGCGAAGACUACUACGCGAUAAAGGGCCCCUGCAGGCACCUCCGCAUCCUGUCGUUUCUACAUCGGGUCGAAGACGGGGUCAUACAGCGGUUCAGCUUCAGCAGGAUGAAGACAACGACCACCGAGCCGGAGACCAACCCGAAAGCAGCACCCCCCAGGGAUCAAGCGACUUGAAUACGAAUUCCCAAAAUGACCCAGUCGCAGAGAAGGGUUACCGCUUCCGACGAUGGCGACCGACUCAGACGGCCAAACUCGGGGUGAAUACGCUGGGAAAACCAGCAGAAGUGCUGAUUCUCCCAUCCCGAAACCGCCGGAUCCCAAAGGUUCCGAAAGAGGAAGAAUCCCAGGACCGGCCGAGUCUGCACGAGUCACUCGCUUCGGAGCAAGAACCACUCAGCAUCCAGGGGCUGGUAGCAAACAUCGAACAAGUGGUGCGGGCGUCGGGAAUUGAGAAAAAGCGCGGACAAUUGGAGGUGAGGGAAUGGGAAAUACUGCGAUCCAGUCUGGCCAAGGGAUUCAAGUUGGAUCAGUUGAGACGGUAUAUCGCGUACAAACACAAGAAUGCGCUGUCCACGGACGCAUUCCACCGCGUCAAUAGGCAAAACAAGCCGGAUACAAUCAAGUAUCUGGUUGAAGAGGUGUGGGGGUAUACAGUGCCUGUGACGGAAUCCUCGUCCUCAAAGACGAAGCGCAGAAGUCUGAGUCUUUACAUACCCGAUGAAGCCAGAUUGGAACACUUGCUGAAGGACCGGAGUCAGCCGUUGAAGCGGAUUGCAGAGGAGUUGGAUGUCCAGAUCGAUCUCUUCAGGCGAGAGUCCCGCAUCAGAGUUGCUGGCGUACCCUCGAACGCGGCUGCUGCUCUUGCAAGGAUCUCGCGGUUGGUCAAAGACCUCCAGCCUAUCAUAAUACCUCUUCAGGGCGCCGUGGGUGAUAUGUCUAGGGAUCCUGCUUUGAAACAGUCUGUCAAACAGUUUCUUGAUUCGGUUCAGCAAAAGUUUGAUGUGCAAAUCGCCCUUGCGCCUGAUCAUAUCAAGAUCGUACACAAUGAGCAGCAUCGCCUGGCACAGCAGGCUCAUCGCGAGAUAAGACUUGCACUGGAGGAAGAAUGUCAUGCUCAGGAAAUCGAUGUAUGGCCUCAAGCAAGUAUGGAGUCGAGUUCCCUGCAGCCAUUUCCGACCCCGCCGGAGUACACUGCGGGCUUGGUGCAGUCUUCUUGGGCAAGAUUGACCGAUUCUGCUCCGGACUCCAUGGGCUCUUAUGAAAUCUCCAACUCUGAUGCCGAACGGACGGUCUCAUUGGAUUCAAUGAUAGGCAGAAUUUCUGACUGGCUCAGUUCCCUCAGCGCGGUGCAGAAAUCAAAGUCGCGACAUGAGCUCUACGCUCAACUCACGGCGGAUUUUGGCCAGGCAUUACUACGGGAGCCGCCGAAGGACAGGACGGGUAGGAUGGAGGAAGGCUCCAACAUACACACGAGACCGGACAGCAAGACUUUAGGUCGGUCUGCGGACCGUACUGCCCCGGAACAAGGGCAAGCCAGCAUCGUCGAAAAGCAACAAGCGUCGAGCUCGAUCAAAUUGGAGCCGAUGCGAAAUCCAUACUUUACAAGCCAGAUCCCCUUCCUGGUGCAACAGCUUGCAUUGAUGAAGCACUGGAAUCCAGCCUCGUCCAAGCCAGCGAAAGAUGUUGACUCGGACGCUCGACUUACGCUCCGCCUUGAAUUUGCGCCGACGUCCAGCGGAUCAGGAUCACAAUCUCACGGCUGGCCUACUUUCGAAGUCCUGGUUACCGCGGGGGAACUUGAGCACGGCAAGAAGAGACCUCCUCUAGACAUUGCCAGGGUUUCGGUCGUCCACCAUCGUAAAUCGUUCACCAUCUUAUGUCCAAGCCAGCACGUGGAUGUCAGAAUUACCCAGCAGCUCAAGCAAGACCUUUUGUAUCCCGGCGCCGGAACGGGAAAAGAUCCCAAACACACUCCAUUGCUCCGUGCUAUCAAAGGGUACUUUUCGAGAACCGAGGCCGAUGAUCCUAGAGAUUGGCUGUUCCAGCCUUUUGUCGCUCUGCCCGUGCAUGACAGCAUGAAAGGCGUUUCCGAGAAGAUCGACAGUGUCGGUAGUCCUACUAAACAGAAGCAGAGAAAGCAAUCGCAGCAACAGGAAGUUCCGACUUCUAGUACUACAACCGACAAAGGGAGCAAAAAAGGAACAGUCACAUAUAUCCUUCGCACAGUCGAUGUCAUGGAUGUGGACUCUCGCGAAGUCACAGUGACGGUGGAAACAGAGACUAACGCCUCUGGUACGGCUGGACCAGAACAACAUGGAAAGCCAAAGCAGCAGCAACAGCAACGAACCGCGAACCCGGUCAAAUUCUGCCUGGAUCACAUUACAUUGACUGGCACGGAAGCAACUAGACAGGAACUUCGACUGGCCGAGCAAUCGAUUCUGCAUCCUCCUACUUUGACACAGCCUGAUGUCGAUGCUUUUGUCAAAGCAGCUUUGCAGCUGGCGGAUCGUCUGGGCAAGGAUCCUACCAGCACCACCAAGCCCGGAAUGCAGGCUGAGAUACAAGUUCAAGCUCAAGCUCUUCGGCAGGCCGUGCAUUCCACAGAGGGUACGGAGAAGAGGAAACAGCCAUCGGUACGGAAGGAUUCCGGCAAGAUCAAGACCAGCAAGUCGUCAAAAGGCAACACGGUCUCAAAUAUGUCCAAAAUGGCCAAGAAGCCCGCAAAACGGGCCGGGAAGUCAGCCAAGAAAGAGAAGUCGAAGUCACCGUCGGCUCUCGGAUCCGCCACAACCACAGAAUCCGCGCCCGCGGCUUGAAUUCCUAACACACAUCAGGGCUUGUCCAAGCUGAUAUCAUAUCCAUUCAUGCAUGCGAGAAAUGAAGCACCGGUUGCGCGUCCCAUCUUGUGACGAUAAGAACCUGGAGUAUCCUGUGUUCAAGCGGAAUCUUUGUCAUUGCUAUUGCUCUCUUCUCUCGCGACCUUCGCAGCUUGGAACUUAUCUCGCAACGCUGUGUAUAUAUAUGUACGAGUAAAUCUAUCUCGAAAACCUUGGGUGGUCGGACUGUUUCCUCUGCGAGAGAGAUUGGAUGACUUUUCCUCAUUUUUCUACAAAAGAUAUAUACCCAUGAAUAUUAACGUUGCAUGUCAUUGCUGUGCAUGACCACAGUACUAUAAAUUCCAUCACAUUGUAGCUGCUUGAUCCAUCACCUCG